AAGUUAAGAAAGGAGGACCGUCUUGUGCCUACUGGUCGGAGUCUCUAGGGUCCCGGUCACAGAUCGCUGUCCGGAAAUCGAUACCAUUCAGAUCUAAUCAACAGAGAAGGACAGAGAUAGAGUAUGGAUAUAGCAUCACCAGGCAACAGCCGUCAUCGCGAUUCACUGGAGUGGCGCACACAGACUCGUGCUCGGCUACUGUAGCUUCGAUACGGACUGAACUUGUUAAGUAGCAUUAAAACGUUAAUGGAAAAAUCUCAAGAUCUGAGUGUGUUGUUAGAAACAAAAUCGAGAUAGAUGACCAAUAUCAUCUUUACCGUAAAACUUUGUGACGGAAAUCAUAACUUGAACAGUCUUGAGCUGAGUGGUUUGAAUUUCUAUAAUAUUGGAGUAGUCACGCUACCGGACCUGUUGAGUUUAACUCAGCUCUGCAAACCGAUCGGUGUUGAGGACAUGUAGUACCAGUUUUAAUUCACAUGGUGAUAACUAGUCAAACAAAAUGGAUAACUAUACAACAACGAUGGAAGCCCCGACUGCCAUCCAUUCUGAUCAGAUAUGGGGCCGCCACCAGUUCCUUCAGGAGAGCCCUGGACUUGCUAUUCCUUGUAUCAUUGUCCUCACAUUUGCUUCCAUCGUCGGAACUUUCGGAAACGUUCUAGUGAUCGUCGCAGUAUCAACGCAGAAGUCACUAAAGAAUAGGGAGUCUAUCUUCAUCGUCAACUUGGCUAUAUCUGAUCUAUAUAUCACUACGGUAGCUGACCCUAUGGGUAUAGUAGCUAAACUCGAAGGCGAGCAGUUCUUCGAUCGUGUUCCAGGACUGUGUCGAACGAUAGCCUCCAUAUGUACUGUUUCCUGUAUCGUGUCCCUGGGCUCCAUCGCCUGCCUCAGCUUUAACAGGUACAUCCACAUAUGCCAUAACCGUCACUACAACCGGAUCUUCACCGGCCGGAAUUGCAUCAUCAUAUGUGGCGCCCUCUAUAUGGUCGGUAUCACACUGGUGCUUCUUAAUCUGGCUGGAAUAGGCGACCACAGCUUCGACCGUAAGAGUUUAGAAUGUAUCUGGGAUAGGAUGGCUACCUUCCCCUAUACCGUCGUUUUUUCAGUGACUCUUGUCUGGGUGCCAGUUAUUGUGACAGGAAUUUCCUAUAUCAGUUUGUAUAUAUAUGUUUUAAAAAGUCAGAAACGCAUUCAACAACAUUCACAACUUUCUGCCACUAUGAUAUCAGCCUCUGAUAUCACGGAUGCUGAAAAAAACGAAAGACGACAAAAACCAAACCACCAGGACCACCUAUCAAUUCCAUCAUUAUUACAAAGAAAAGCCGUUCGGAAGUCCCUCCACCUCGCUCGGACUAUCUUUGUGGUGUACGCUGUGUUUUCGACUUGCUGGAUACCCUUCGCUAUAUUGAUGGUUGUAGACACCCAUAACACUUUCUCCCAUGCCAUCCAUCUGUAUAUCACAGUUUUUGCACAUCUCCAUCCCUCACUUAACUGGCUUGUGUAUUACAUUACCAACAAGAAAUUUGCAGUUGCCUUCGACAAAUUGGUGUUUAUGAAAAGAUGGGUGCCCCGAUUGAGACCAGCCGAGCUCUCACAACAUAGUACAAUGGCCCACCAACGAGAAACAUAAACUGUAACAUCGAAAUAAUGUGUAUAUCCAUAACAUAUCAAUUAUAUAUUACGCUAGCAAACCUGAACAGGAGAAAUAGGUAGUUUUUCAGAGACAUUGCAUUGCGUCGACAAUCACAGCCGUGGACAUAGGAUUGACAAAGGUACUCCACCAUGGUAUAGCUACAACGACACAAGCUUCUUAACUCCCCUUCAUCCAUAGCUUGUUGUACAGUGUAUACAAACGAAUAUACUACGAACAAAACCCUUCCUACCUUAUGUUUUGUAAAUCACACCGACGUUUGUAUGUUAUGAUAGCUUGCUAACAUACACAAGAUCAUGAUUAUACUGUCAAAACUACGAGGCUAUCCAACAAAAUUGGCAUUUGAUAAUGACAAAAUAAACAUGUUGACAUGUCUCAUGUUUAUUAUUGAGCAACUUCAUUAAUGUACAUUUACAUGUAUUCAACAUGCAUGAAUACAAGGUUUUAUCUUACUUCUAUGCCGGACAGGAGUUGUGUUUUCCAGCUAGAACCUCGCCUAAGUUAAGGUUGUCGGUAAAGUUCUAAGAACUUCAGUUUCAUGGAGAAUGUAAUUCUCCAUACUUUCUUUAAAAAACUGUAUUAACGAUCGAUAAAUGAUUAUGUUUUUAGAAACAUAAUUUGCUUUCUGUUACGUUUGUACAUUCCUAUGCUAGCGUCAAGCAAAUUAUAAUUAUAAAAGUAAUUUUUCUUCACGAACAUUAGUUUGGUUUAGGAAAGUGUACUGAUAUAUCUAUGAUGACAGUAUAUUCUGCAUGCGCUAGUAAAUGUCUCUGGGCUGACAUCGGUCAGGAUUCCUCUACCCGACUGAUUUGUAUCGACAUAACCAAGUUGUUUAUUUGAUAUGUAUUCCCCCGAGUAAUGAUACAAUGUAAUAAACAAAGUAUUUGUGCCGCCAGCUCUGUUAGGCAGUGCAAGAUCUA